UGCAAUUUCAUUUGAGGAGAGAAUUAAUUACAUCAAAAUGUCCUUCGUCUCUGAAAAUGUGACAAGUUUUCCUAACAUUACCCUGGUCUUUCUUAAUAUAUCCAACCCCGUACCUCAAAACAUGACGUCAGAGGACCCCAUCGUUUGCACUUGGAACCCUCCAGCAAUUGAGUGGUUUAAAAUCGCCAUGACAACGUUUGGUUUUCUUGGAAACGGAUUCACAUUUUUCAUUAUUGUCUUGAAGAAGGAAUUACACAGCAAAACGUUUGCGGUAAUAGCUGUUAUUGCUCUUUCGGAUUGCCUUUAUUGCAUGGGCACGGUAGUUUGGGGUCUUUCCUAUAAUGCUUACAUAAAUAAAAAGGACUAUCGAAAUUACAAGGUAUGUGUAGAUAAAGUACUUUACGAUUUCAUUAACAUAUACUUAUCUGGACUAAUGUCAGCAGCAUACAUUGCCUCUGGAUUCUUCAUUGCUGUUUUGUCAGUUGUUCGCUACAUCAUCAUUUCCUAUCCACUAAAAUCCAACAUUCUACUCACAAGAAGACGCGUCACCUUGACGAUUUCUGCAGUGUUUAUCGUCUCGCUUGGGAUAGGAGUCUUAAAAAACCAAGAAACCAACUUAGGAGCGAAAGUCAACAAGCCCUUGGAAUUUCUGAUAUCGUAUCUCUCGCCUCUUAGUGUCAUGGUAAUAUUUCACACUUUGAAGCUAACAACCCUCAAAAGGAAUACAUUCCAAAAGACUAGCUCAUCAGUACGCAAGAUGGAGAUGGUGGUCGUCAUGGUAGUGUUAGCAUUCUUUCUGUUCCUGUUGCCAUGGCACGUAUUGGCGAUGCUGCACGCGUUUGACCUCUAUAACCCCCCUUAUGUGGCUAUGACAGUAAGCUCUCUUCUCCUCCAGUUAAACAACUGUAUCAACCCCGUGUUCUACGCCUUCUUGUCUCCGCGAGUCCGACAAUAUCUUUGUUUUUGUUGGAAACGGACGAAACCACGCAAUAGGAACCAGACAACCACACAGUUUUCUUCUGUACCGAUGAGUUCUAAUUUCUCUAAUAUUCAAACAACAACUCUCAAUUCAUUUCAGCCGAAAACAUAA